AUGGGAGAUGUGAAGAGGCAUGCUGGGACUUCUAGUUCCCCUGCCACACAGCUAGAGGAUGCCUACAUUGCAGAAGCAGUUUAUCUAUACAGCAAUGGGGGGGACACGACAUGUUUUAAUGGCGCUAUAGUGAGGUCCCAUAUAGUAAAGAAAAGAGGUCUUGUGGAGCUGGCUGGCGCCAUACACUGUGGCACAGGCCGCAAUGCGGUGACGUAUAUCACAUAUGGAUGUUACUGCGGAUUGGGAGGAAGAGGAAUGCCAAAAGAUAUGGCGGACUGGUGCUGUCAGAGACAUGACUGCUGCUACGAUGAAGCAGAAGCUGCUGGCUGCAGACCCAAAAUGACCCCCUACAGCUGGUCCUGUAAAGAUAGAACUGUGAUAUGUGAUAACAUGACGGACAGGUGCAAAAAGAUGAUUUGUAAAUGUGACAGUGAAAUUGCGAAGUGCUUAAGAAAAGCGCCAUUUAACAAAAGAUACGUCAUGUUCCCCAAUUUCUUAUGCGGAAAACGGCAGCCAGGUUGUGACACAAGCGAUGACUAAA